CACGACGCGAACCUAAGCUUCGAUCGUAACGUACGGGAUCGAUAAUUAAUUUCAUAGCCGAAUACGGAUCCGUAUCUUUUAAGCGUCUAACGUUCUACAAAGAUUCUGUUAGGAACGUAAAUCUGUGUCCUCAAUAACCAAUACAUCAAUCAGUUAAUCCGCUUAUUUUUUAAUAAAGUGAAAACAAAAAUCGUCAAAGAUGGAUUUGGCAGAAAUGUUUGAUUAUUACUGGUAUCAAAAAGCCGAUCCCAGAAUAAGCAGUUUACCGCUUAUGCAAUCCCCCAUUACCCUUCCUGUUAUCCUCUUUUCUUAUUUAUACUUUGUCUUAAAAUGUGGGCCGAAGUUUAUGAAGGACAGAAAACCGUACAAUCUUAAAACCUUUAUAAAGUGGUAUAACAUCUUUCAAAUCAUCAGCAAUGCAAUCAUAGUGCAACAGUUUAUCAGUGCGGGUUGGUUCACAGAAAUAACGGUAUUUUGCGAACCAGCAGAUUACUCUAACACCCCGAAGAACAUGAAGAUAGUUUAUAUACUAUGGUUCGUGUUAAUAACCAAAAUCGUCGACCUCUUCGAAACGGGAGUGUUUGUACUGAGGAAAAAGAACAGACAAAUUUCGUUCUUACACCUGUACCAUCACGUAUCAACACCUUUAUUAGUUUGGAGUGUAAUAAGAUACGUCCCAGUCGCACCAGCAUCGUUCCCAAUGCUAGUGAACUGUGCCGUACAUGUGAUCAUGUACUCGUAUUAUUUAUUGAGUUCGUUUGGAGAAAAAUGGCAGAGGAUACUUAAUCCAAUCAAACCACUGAUAACUAUCACACAAAUGGUGCAAUUCGUCGCCCUGAUAGCAUACUCAAUACAAGCGUUUAUGCCAAACUGCAAUCAAUUGAAGCCAACCACCGUUCUUGGGAUACUGGAUCUUAUUAUAAAUUUCGUUCUGUUUUACAGUUUCUAUAAAAGUACGUACACGAAACCCGCUAGGAAAGUGGAGUGAAUCGUUUUGAAAGAAACUGAACUCACUCAUCAAUCAUUGUGGUAGUGAGUUUGAAUUAAAGUCAAUAAAAUAUUUGAUCGAACAUUUUACUGAUAAAUUCAUACCUACAGAUAGUACUUAGGUUUAAAUAAUAGAUUGGAAUUAAAAAUGUUUUACUGCUACAAUAAAAGAAACCUCGACUAAUGUGAGAUUGCAAAUAGUAA